AAUUGUCCACAUCACAUAAACCCAGUUUAGUUACACAACGGUACCUUGUCAUUGGCUGAAAGAAACUCAAAGCCACACCUCCUCCACCCCAGCUCCCACAGACAAAAAAAGUCAAAUACAAUACACCCUCAAUUCAUAUGAAUGGGCAAUGAACAAAUUCCCAACCCACUCCCAUCCCCAAACCGAACCACAGAACCCAAACCCACACCAAGAACCAAACCCAGAAGAAAACGAAAAAGAAUCAGAAGCAGAGAAACCCAGGCGUGAAUGGGACUUCACUCUGUCCACGGUUAUUUCUUCCAGCGCCGCCACCGGAGCCGUCUCCAACACCGUCGGUGUCAUCGAAUUCGAUCCCUCCGGUGCUCUCCUGGCCACCGGAGGGAUUGCCCGGAAAAUCCGUGUCUACGACUUCAAAACACUAUUAAUUGAGAAUGAAGUGGCUGUUUUAGACCACAACAGCGCUUGUGACUUUUGCAUAUGUACUCCGGCCAAGCUGAGCAGCCUCCGUUGGAAACCCGGCUCGGGCGGGCGGGUCGUUGGUUCGGGGGACUACGACGGGGUCGUGACCGAGUACGACCUCGAGCGGAGAGUGCCCGUCUUCGAACGCGACGAGCACGGCGGGCGGCGGGUGUGGAGCAUGGACUACUCGCAUUUGGACCCGGUGCUGGGCGGGUCGGGCUCGGACGACGGGACCAUGCAAAUGUGGGACCCGCGCUGCGACGGGGGCAGAUGCGUGGCCCGCGUCCAACCCAGCGUCGGACGGAGCUCCGUUUGCUGCGUGGAGUUUAACCCCUUCGGCGGCGCACUGGUGGCCGUCGGAUGCGCCGACAGGAAAGCCUACGGCUACGACGUCAGAAAGAUGGCGGAUCCCGUAACGGUGUUCGACGGGCACUCGAGGGCCGUGUCGUACGUCCGGUUCCUCGACCACCGAACGGUGGUGACGUCGGGCAUCGACGGGUGUUUGAAGAUGUGGGACACGGAGGAUCAAGGCCCGAUUCGCACGUACAAGGGGCACGUGAACAGCCGGAGAUUCGUCGGGUUAUCGGCGUGGAGGCGGGGCGGUUUGCUGGCUUGCGGGUCGGAAAGCAACGAGGUCUUCGUGUAUGACAAGAGGUGGGGCGAGCCCAUUUGGGUUCACGGGUUCGAGCCGGCAGGUGAGCCGGGGUGCGACCGUGGGUUCGUCAGCAGCGUCUGUUGGAGGCAGGAGGGAGAGGAUGGGUGCACCCUUGUGGCCGGUGGGUCGGACGGGGUUUUGCAGCUGUUUGAGGGUAAGAGGAAGUUGUUUUUAUGAGGUGAGAUUUUUGGUUGGAAGAAACUUAUUUACAGAGUGACGCAAUUACAGUCGUUCAUUCGCACAAUCAAUAGUUGCGAUUUGUUUUCAAUUUUGAUCUGUCACGAUUAAUUGUUACUGGUCACAAUUGGUUUUCAAUCCAGAUCGUCCAAAAAUAAUUUGGAUGCACGUGAUUGGAUUCCGUAAAUCCUUAUUUACAGAAAGCUCUGUAAAAACGUUUUUCGGUUUUUGGUUAUAUGUUUUUACAAAUUAAUUCAUGAUUUGAGAAUAUUGGAUUUAGUUACUGAUGAUAUAUAAAGUUUGAAAACUUCAAUCAAAGAGAGAGAUA